AUGUUAAAAAUUUUUAAAUUUAAAUUCAAGACUUACGACAAGUGUUUCACGAAUUUUUUUCAACGUUUUAUCAACUCUCGUAGUUCUCUGAUAAUUGAAUCGAACCCUUGUGAGCGUUUACACGAAAUUUAUCGUGAAUGUCUUGAAAAAGGUCUUUCUACGAAUAAACCGUUCGAUAUCGAUCUUGAAGAACUUCGAAAGGAAAUUCUUGAUAUUAUGGAUGUUCAAAAUGGUAGUGCAGUUCCAAUUCAAGAUAGUAUCACUGAAACUCGUUUUAAUCAAUUAGAACAAACUCUUGAAAAUUUUCAGGAAAAUGCAAGGCAAAUGGGAGUAAUUGCCAGCGAUUUUACGACCAGGAGUCAAGAACCGUUGAAUCAAAAAAUUCACACUUUAAUUUCUGGACUUCAUGAAAUGGAUCAUUUAAAGAAUCAGUUUAUGGAUGUAAAAAUUCCUCUCGAAUUGUUGGAAUAUUUGGACCAAGUAAAAAAUCCACAGUUAUAUACGAAAGAAUGCCUGGCAAGGACUCUUAAUAAAAAUAAGGAAGUCAAUGGUAAAAUCGAAAUGUAUAAAAAAUUUCGCUCCGUUCUGUUAAAAGAACUAGGUGAAGAAAUGCCAAAUGAUACGGUAUUAUAUCGAAAUCUUCGGGAUCGAAAGGAAACAAGCCCUCAGGAUGAUAUGGAAAUUGAUGAUCCAAGUGAUUAA